UCUUGAUAGUACAUAAAUCCAUUCGAAGAAAAGAAAUCUAAAGUGGCUUGCCACUUAACCAGUAGAUAUAGAUAAUAAAAUUGUAGCAUAUAAAUUAUUGAAUCACCGAAAAAUUUAUCUUCAGUAUGGUACGUGGCCUUACUUCAAGCUGGGGAAUCAUGAUAAGGUUCUUCGUAUUUUUCGCUUUGAUAUCAGCAAUACUUGCACAAACGAUAGAUAAAAAUGUUUUCAAAAACUGCUCUCGAAUCGACUUUUGCACGAGACUGCGGAAUACUGAUGUGGACGAAAAAUUAAAAUAUUCGGCUGAUAUAAAAUCCUACAACUCCACCAAAGCUAACAUAAUUGUUAUUCCAUUAAAAAAUGGAAACGGUAAUAAGUUGAAUUUGGUCUUAUCUUUACUCAAAGGUAAUAAGAUAAGAGCUAAAGUUCAAGAACAUCAAAGCAAGAGAUUCGAAUUGGGAGAUAUUGUUAUCAUUGAAAAACUUAAAGCUUUACCAUUCAAAACAUCGCAUAUAGGUGAUAAAGUCAUAUCAUUUUAUCCAGAAGAUGAAUCUUAUCCAUACGAAGUUCAAGUGUUGGCUGGACCACCGUUUACUGUUCAAUUUAUAUAUAAUAAACAAGUUGUAGUAAUUUUAGACGCCGAUAAAUUAGUUAUGGAAAAUUCUGAUGCCAGUGAAGCAUUCACAUUUAAAGUCGACUUUCCAGGAUCGACAAGGCUUUAUGGUUUACUUGACCAUGCGUACAAAAUGUCUUUGGGCAAAACAAAUAAUGGUAGCGACAAUUCAAUGGAUCCUUUCCGUUUGAGGAAUUCGGAUUCAUGGGCUUACGAAGCCAAUUCACCAAUGGCGUUAUAUGGGGCUCGACCUGUCAUUUUUGGACAUUCUAAAGAAAAAACAUCUGCAAUUUUCCUUCACAAUGCUGCAGAGCAGUGGAUUGAUGUCAAUUCUGAAGAUACUGAACAACCAUCAGCAUAUUUUAUGGUAGAAAGAGCUGCUUUUGAUUUGUUCGUUCUCUUAGGACCUACACCUAAAGAUAUUGUUAGACAGUUUACCACUUUAACUGGUCGAGCACAUUUGCCACAGAUUUGGGCUUUAGGUUAUCAUCAGUGCAGAUUCUCAUAUAAAUCACAAGAUGACGUAAAAGAAGUGGUAGCACUUUUAGACAAGAAUAACUUCCCAUGGGACGCCAUCUAUCUUGACGGCGAUCAUACAGAUGGUUACAGAUGGUUCCAUUGGAACAGUACCACCUACACAGAUCCCGUGGAAAUGUUGAACAAUAUUUCUGCUACAGGAAGGGUGGCCGUCUCUAUAUCUGAUCCGCAUAUCAAAGUUGAAGAUUCAUAUGAUGUAUAUAUUGGAGCUAAAGAAAAAUACUUCACCAAAUGGAAGAAUGGCAGUAACUAUGAAGCCAAUUGUUGGCCAGACCUAUCCAGCUGGAUCGAUUUUAUGAUUCCCAAAGCUUCAGAUUAUUAUGCCAGUUGGUAUUCUUACAAAAAGUUUAAUGGCAGUACUCCAGCGCUAGCAGGAAUUUGGAACGAUAUGAAUGAACCUGCAGUUUUCGAUGACAAUACUGAGAAAACUAUGCCAUUUGAUGUACUGCAUGCAGGAAAAAUACCACAUGGCGAUAUUCACAACAUAUACGGUUUGACACAGACUAGAGCUACCCACAAAGGCCUUAUGGACAGGGACGAAGGAAAGAAACGACCGUUCAUACUGACUCGUUCUCAUUUUGCUGGCUCGCAGCGUUACGCUGCCAUGUGGACAGGGGACAAUAGCGCCUCGUGGGAACAUUUCGCUAACAGUUAUUCCGAAUGUAUGACAGCAAAUCUGAUGGGCAUGGUAUUUUGCGGAGCCGAUAUUGGAGGAUUUAUCAAAGAUCCCUCUAUGGAAUUGCUUCAAAGAUGGUAUCAGGGAGCAGUUUGGUUGCCGUUUUUCAGAGGACACUCUAGUAGAGAAUCGAAGAGGCGAGAACCAUAUUUGUUACCGAAAGAAGUUCAAACGGUCUUGAGAAAUACGCUGAGGUUGAGAUACCGACACGUUCCAGUUUUUUACACUCUAUUCUACGAACAUACUAGAACAGGAGAUCCCAUUAUUAGACCGCUAUACUAUCAGUAUCCGGAAAUUGAAGACAUGGAUACACAAGUUUUAGUAGGUACGGACAUAAUGGGAGUGGCAGUUACCCAACCAAACGUCAGCUCAGUUGAAGUUUACUUCCCUGAUAAGAAUAGCCAUUGGUAUAGAAUUGAUGAUGAUUCUGCAGCAAUUUCUGUUGGUGGAAUAAAAAAAAAAGUCGAUGUUAAUAUCACUACAUCACCAGUGUUUUAUAGAGCUGGAAGUAUAAUUUUCAGAAAAGAUAUUCCAAGGAAGUCGGCUGUAGCAGCCAUAGAUGAUCCUUUUGCAGUUUAUGUCAAUCUAGAUCAGAAUAAUGAAGCGUCUGGCAGACUUUAUGUGGACGAUUAUUACAGCUUUAACUACACUGAUAAAAACAACUAUUUAUAUGUCAGCUUCACUUACGACAACGAUUUACAUGCAUUGAGAAUGUCAACAAUUGAUGGUGAUAAUACGGGACUGAACGCACUCAUCGAACAGAUUGUAAUAAAUCGCUUAAAGGUUUCUGAUGAAGGUAUCUUCACUUCACAUCAAGUAAUCUUUGACAAAACUUACGAUGGUAUUCCUCUAUCAGGUAUAAAUAUUGGACCUUCAUUAAACGAAAACGAAGAACUUAUUAUAAAAUUAUGAAAUAGUUUUUGUAAAAUCUAAUAAAUAUUUACUAAUA